CAAAAGCGAGACAAAGCCGAGUUUAAUGAGCUGGCUGCAGCAGGAACACAUGAGACAGCCGCAGCACUUGUCCCUGGCCAACGGAUCGAGCCAACUAUUAAUGGCAACAGGCUGGAAGUUUAUGCGAAAACUUUCUGAAAGUAAUACGCAGAGAAAACACAGAACGAGCUAAGUCCCAUCAAGCAACAAUAAACGGGAAAGAGCGGUGGGGAGAAGCGCUUAAAUCAGCACAAGUACCAAAAGAAACCGCCGAGCGAGCAGAAGAAGCGCAGAAAAGUUUUCCCAGCAUUCCGGAUUUCCAUUCGCCGAGCAUCGGCAUCGGCAACAUCGUCAUCAUCAUCGCCAUAGUCAUCGUCAUCGUCCCCCGGCUUUGUUAUUGUUUCGCCAAGGAUUACAUAUUAUGCGAUAAACAUGAAAUACACAAGCGAUACACGAAUCAUUGUGUUCAUUUGCUGCCUGCUGCAAGGACUGGCAGUGGGUCUCCGCAUGAUCAAGGUCUCCAUUCCCGCGUACAAGCUGCGCGGGGAGUCGGCCUUCCUGGAGUGCCAGUACGAGCUGAACCGGACGCACCACGCGGUGACGGGUGUGCAGAGCCACUCGGACCAUCCCCACGGGCACCAGACCCACGGCGGUGGCAACGGGGAGUUCCACUAUCCGGACGGCGAGGCGCUGGAGGAGGAGCGCUCCCCAUACCGCUCCCGGAUGCGCCAGAACCAAAGGCAACAUGGCCAGCGGCCGCGGCAAAGGGAACCGGUUGCCAUGCGGCAGUACCAGAGCCACCAGCAGUUGCCCGCUCCGCCGGAGAAGUCACCCUACGGACACAGUGUCUACCGGGGCAGUGCGGCCUCCGGUUAUCUGGGAGCAGCUCAUGUGGGUGCCAGCACACACAGCGGAUCCGUGUCCGUGGGCUCCAAUUCGAAUGGCGGACCGGCGGCCUACAUGCCGGAGUUCGAUCGGACGGACAGCUUCGACGACAGCAUCGAUCGGGAGGAGGACGAGGAGGAGGAGGAGGAGGAGCCGCUCGAGGAGGGGGAGGCCCUGUACGCCAUCAAGUGGUACAAGGACAACGAGGAGUUCUACCGCUACGUGCCAAAGGCUCGACCUCCAAAAACCAGUUAUCGUGUCGACGGUGUUCGCGUCAUUGAGGAGCUCUCGGACGCGAGUCGCGUUUUGCUGCGCGGAUUGACGCUCAAUUCGACUGGAUUGUACCGCUGCGAGGUGUCCGCCGAGGCGCCCAACUUCUCGUCCGUUCAGGGCGAGGGUCGGAUGGACAUUGUCUUUCUGCCCCGCGAUGGACCACACAUCCGAGGACAACAGUAUCAGUACCAGAUCGGCGAAUACUUGUAUUUAAAUUGCACAUCCGGCAAAUCGCAUCCGGCCUCCCAUCUGCAGUGGUUCGUCAACGAGCAGCCGAUCCUCGACGAGCACUACCUGCACAAAUACAACGACAUCGUGCACAAACACGGGCUAAUCACCUCGACCCUGGGCCUCCAGCUGCCGCUGGAGCCGCGUCACUUCCACGACGGCGACAUGCGCGUCAAGUGCCUGGCCAGCAUAUCGCCGGUGCUGUGGAAGGGUGGCAAGGAGAGUGUCCUGCAGCGGCGGCCGGGGAUCAUCGACAACCGCGAGGCCAUGUUGCUGGUGAAAGGUGCAGCUGGAAGGGCGCAGAGCAGCUGGCUCCGAACGCUGACAAUCGCCAUCAUUCUGGCCAGGAUUGGCCAGUGGCUUCUUGGCUCGGAGCUGACCUAAGCUAAUGCAAGUUUCCAGGAUUCGUUCCACUCGUUUCAAUUAACAAGCAUUCAUUUCAAUUCAAUUCAAUUCAAUUGCAAUUGCAGAGCAUAAAUGGUGAUUUUGUAUACUUUAAGUGUAAUAUCCUUAGUUCUUAAGUAAGAAAACGGAGCAAGCGAAGGGAAAUGAAAAACAAACAAAUUGGGUAAAUGUGUUAUAGCAUGUAAAAAUCGUUAAGGAACGCGGAUGAAAAGAGUUGAAUAGUAUUAAAGAUAGAGGGGAAAACUCGCUUUCCCCUUUCAGAGAACUCCUGUGCAGAGGGAAACACUCGGAAAAUUCAAUUAGCUAAAUUGUUAAGUAACUAAAUUCGAAUCCCAAACCAUAUAUAUGACAUAUCCCCCGCCCAUCGUCCCCAAUCAAGCCCAGCUAAGGGUUCGUUGUGCGUAAUUUCUGUGUAAAUACUUGAAUGGAACGACAAAGUCUAGGGCAAACUUUGGACUUUUGUCAAAUAACGUCUGAGUGGCAUCAAUUUCGAAAUGGUAGCUGGAAACUUUGCCAUAACAGAUGCUAAAACUACAUAAUUGCAAAAAACAAAAACAAAAAACAAUGGGGGAAAACGUUGGCUGGAAAUGUUCUCUUUUCCCCCUUUUAGUUGCGAUUCCGGCAAGUAUUUGCUUCCUGACUCCGAAAGUAUUUCCAAUUGUAUUUAGUUUUGUAAAUUAAGUCGGUAAUGGAGAAGGGAACUCAAAGCGAAAUUAUAUUGUUGAAGGAUUACCAAUUACUGAUAACUCUCCGGCUGGAGUUGAGACAUCUUAGGUUGCCGCACAUCCUAGACAUAUGAACUGUAUAAAAGAGAACCUGGAUAUGUGUCAUAUCUGUGUAUUAAUAAGAACCUUUGCUAAACUAGAACUUUAAGCUAGGUGUUUAAGUUGUAGCCGAAGUGUCCCCUCCUCAGAAAAGAUUCCCCCUAACUGUAUGUAGAAAUACCUAAGGAUAAAAGCUCUCGAAGGAUAUAACUACUAUAUAUGACGAUAUGUAUAUGUAUACAAUAAUUGAGUACGACAAGACCCCUUUUCUCCCCAUCCCCCCAACAGAGUGUUUAAACAAAUAUAAAUGUGAAAGCAA